UUACAGAGCCCAAAAAUGGAAAUUGGAAGUGCUUCUAAAGUUGCUCUUCAGUCUAACGUCAUUGAAGCAACGAGGAAGUAACCGAAUGAAAAGACAUCCCUUUCAUGUCAGCGGCUUUCGAUAAAGUCUGACGUAAAUAAAGAAGAACAAGAUCGACCUGCAUAAUAGAAGUUUCGCUGCUAUUGAAAAAAAAGGAUUUUUCCCCUGGAGGCAUUUUAGUCUGAGGAGAUUCUUGUGCGGGGAUUACUCCAACCUUCAUUUCACCGUCCUCAUUUUGAGAUUCGAUGAAUCAAAGGGAAGAGAGGUAUCUACAAUGGCUCAAAGACCGUCAUGCUAACAGGAUUCUGCUUGCUAAUCAUGUCGACGAGGCAGGCCUAUCACAGGUCCAUCAUUGUGCGUAUAGAGGCUUUCUGAGCUGUUUGAAAUGGCUCGCAAAACACGGUGGAAACUUAUCAGCGAGCUCAGGCGAGGGAUCUGUUGCUGCUCAUUAUGCUGCAGCGGGCGGCCAUCUAGAGACUCUUCAAUGGAUCUAUCGCCGCUCAUCGAGAACCAUAGCAAUCAAGGACAAUAAUGGUGCCACGCCGCUAUAUUUUGCAGCCCAGGAGGGUCACCUGGACUGCCUGAUAUGGCUCGCCAAGCGCAGCGCGACCACCCAUAGCCAGGUGUCCGUAGAUGGAAUGACCGCUGCCCAUGCCGCGGCGCAGGAAGGACAUCUUGAAUGUCUGCGAUUCCUCAUCAUGUCUGCUGGUUGUAGUGGACUGGCGCGAGACAGGUCUGGCUGUACGCCAAUGCACUUCGCGGCUGCAGGAGGACACAGGUCAUGCGUACACUGGCUAUCCUCCCAUGGCUGGGGGACUGGGAGCGAGAGGAACAAAACGGGAUCCACUCCCCUUCACGUGGCCGCCGAACACGGUCACCUGGAGGUGGUCAAGCUACUGAUGAGAGGUGGUGCGCGAGCUGACCUGUAUGAUAAAAGUGGUAGGACGGCAUAUGACAUCGCGGUGGAGACUGGGAACGAGGCUUGUGCCCAGUUUCUUCUGCAGGCAACACAUAAGACUCUGAAUGGUCUUCUGGAUAAUAUUUUCGCCCACCAAUCCAGUCUUAAGAAAGUACGUUUCGAGAGAAAAGCCAUCGAAAAAGGAAUCAGGGAUAGCAACCCCGAAUUGCACGUCAAUUAUGUUCCGGGCACCCAAUCAAAUGCGGUGGAUUCACGUGACCCUCGAGCUAGAAGACAGCGAUCUCGGAGUUUUGCUUACCCGAGUCGGGAAGUGCAGCGAGAAGCGAGAGCGCUUCAAACGAGGAGUUUUUCCACCGAAUCGCUUAGCAAAUACCUCAAUGCGAACUAUUUACCUGGAUUUGAGGCGGCUCUUCCUCCAGUUCAGAAGCAUUCCAGCUCCAAAAGCUACACGGAAAACUUAGUCCAGGAACCCGUCGCUAUCGAGCCUUUGAAGAGGACAAUCUCGGUUUCAGUAAAAUCCGAAAGAAAGCCGACAGCGCGUGUCUUUCGUUCGCAAACGUGGCGCGAAGGACGUCGAACUGUUCUCGGUGACUGGUCGUCAGCGAGAGGACACUCGUUCAGGGUUCCGGGCACGGCACAGCAAUACGAGGUGGCGGGAGAGACAUCACCAGGCCGGCCAAGUGUGUCUGCGCUGGUUUCCAGUGUUAAAAAUAGGUUAUCCUGGCGAGAAAAGAAACCUUCCGUUGAGGCCUACGAUCCCAGGGACCUUGUUCCCUACCCUGGUGAGCCACCAAGUGACGACACGAACAUAUUUCGGCGCCUCUACCGUCUCUCGAAGAGAAAACUUUCGCGCACUUCAAGCUUUGCCGUUCAAGGAUCCUCAACAAGCAGGCCACCCCUCCGAAGACAGGAAGAAAUCACUCGGGACUCAUUUCUUGUUAGCGGCAAUGACGACUUUAUUUCUGGCGCUACCGAAGCGUCACCCGCGACGAGUCAUCGAUCGUUUGAAAGCGAGCAGCAAGUAAUUCGAUUGGGUACGGAUAUGGCCAGCGCUAGUUUGAACGAUAGCCCCAAAAGUGAUGUGCAUACCACAGGUAGCCCAGCUAUGGGGGCGAAAGAAAUCCGCCAGGAAAACGGGCACCAAGGACAGGUUGUCAAAUAUGGCAAUAGAUCAAGCGUAACGGAUUUUAAAUUAGAAAACAUACGACUGAAUAUAAAAGAAAAUGCGUUAAUUUGGUAAACAGGGGAAAUACACACAUACAGCAUAAUAAGUCUAUCAAUGAAAUAUUAAUAAAGUGUUAUAUUCUUUGCUAAA